CACAUAAACCUCACAAGAAAUUAAAAUUACAAUAUUAUGGAGAGAGUUAACAAGUUGUGUGUAGCAUUUUUUGUCAUCAGCAUGAUGAUGGCGAUGGCCGCGGCGCAGAGCGCUACCAACGUUAGGGCAACCUAUCAUUUGUACAACCCGCAGAACAUAAACUGGGAUUUGAGAACUGCUAGCGCUUACUGCGCUACUUGGGAUGCUGACAAGCCUCUAGCGUGGCGCCAGAGGUAUGGCUGGACCGCUUUUUGUGGUCCAGCUGGACCUAGGGGCCAAGCUUCAUGCGGUAGAUGCUUGAGGGUGACAAACACAGGAACAGGAACACAAGAAACAGUGAGAAUAGUAGAUCAAUGCAGCAAUGGAGGGCUUGAUUUGGAUGUAAACGUGUUUAACCGAUUGGACACUAAUGGAUUGGGCUACCAGAGGGGCAACCUUAAUGUUAACUAUGAAUUUGUCAACUGCUAAGCUUAAAAAAGUGUCAUAUAUCAUCAAUAAAAUAAUAAUAAAUCACGAUCGAGAUUGAUUUCAUACUAUGUACUAUCUCAAGUUAAUAAAUGAGACCGAGCUAGCUUUUAAUACUACUAGUAUAUGAAAGCUCUACAUGUACUUUGUAUACCCUUCACGAUUAAUGAAAUAAAUCUUAUUGUUAUUACUAUGUA